AGAUGAGCCUAUCGCCAUCGUCGGAAUGGCCCUGCGACUGCCAGGUGGAGUCUCCUCUUCAGAAGAAUUCUGGGAACUCUUGGUGAACAAGCGAGAUGGCCACUGUCCCGUUCCUUCGAGCCGCUAUAAUGCGGAGGCUUUCUUUGAGCCCGGGAAGGCUCCUACCAGCGGGUACUUUCUGCAGGAGGAUCCGUCCUAUUUUGAUGCCCCCUUUUUCUCCAUCACCCCACAAGAAGCCAUGCGAAUGGAUCCGCAACAGCGGCUAUUGCUCGAAGUGGUUUGGGAAUGUCUUGAGAACGCGGGAGCGAGGAAGUGGCAGGGGCAGGAUAUCGGCUGUUUUGUUGGCCUCUUUGGAGAGGACUGGUUGGAGAUGUCCUUCAAGAGCGGCCAACAGACCGACCGCUAUCACGCGGUUGGAACCGGAGAAUUCGCACUUUCCAACAGGGUUUCUUAUGAAUUUGACUUGAAAGGUCCUAGGUCUGCCUCACAGCCCCCUCCUCCCGCCCGACAUCACCAUGAUGAAUGGAAGAGUAGGGUCUGACAGUAAACGCAGUAUGACGAUCCAGUCGGCCUGUUCGGCAUCACUGGUGGGAUUGCAUCAAGCCUGUCAGGCCCUCCGGUUAGGUCAGUGCUCAGCGGCUAUAGCAGCGGGAACUAAUAUCAUCUUGUCCCCGACCAUGACUACAACCAUGGUUGCUAACAGGGUCCUCUCCCUGAGCGGAACUUGUCGGACUUUCGAUGCUCAAGCGACUGGGUAUGGUCGAGGAGAAGCAAUCAAUGCUGUUUAUGUCAAGCGGCUUAGUGAUGCCCUACGUGAUCAUGAUCCAAUCCGGGCCGUGAUUCGCUCGACGUGUACUAACUUUGAUGGCAAGACCCAAAGAAUUAGCCAUCCCAGCCCAACUUCCCAGGAGACUCUCAUUCGGAAUGCUUACCGACAGGCGCAGAUAGAGAACCUCCGAGAUACUGGAUUUUUCGAAUGCCAUGGCACUGGCACCGUGGUCGGGGACGCUGUGGAAACCUCUGUUGUUGGGAAGCUGUUCCAGGGUGCAGGGGUGACGAUUGGAAGUGUCAAACCCAACGUCGGCCAUUCUGAGGGAGCCUCCGGUCUCACCAGCGUGAUCAAGGCCGUCCUGGCACUGGAACAUCGUAUAAUCCCACCAAACGUCCAUUUCAACACCCCGAGCCCCCGUCUCGGGCUCGCGGAAUCCAAGCUCCAGGUUCCCUUAGAGGCCAUCCCGUGGCCCGAGGACCGUCAUGAGCGGGCGAGUGUCAACUGCUUCGGUAUUGGGGGAUCGAACGCACACGUCAUCCUAGACUCUGCGGCCUCUUUCCUCUCGAUGGAUCCGCCACCCUUGACCUCAACGGACUCGGAGCUGUUGUUCAUCUCGGCACAAAGUGCGGAAAGUCUGAAUCGGCGUGUCGGUGAUCUGACUCGGUAUCUCAACCAUCAACCAUCCACUCUACAUGAUCUUGCGUACACGUUGGCCGUGCGACGCGAGCAUCUUCCUCAUCGUGCAUUUGCCGUGGCUUAUCCAGACGUGCCCGUGGAUCCGUCCAAUUUUCACAAGCUCACCUACAGCUCCUCAACCUCCAAUGUCGCGUUUGUAUUCACGGGUCAAGGGGCCCAGUGGGCGGGAAUGGGAAGGGCAUUGAUGCAUACACAUGGUUGCUUUACUGCAGUCGUUGAUCAGAUGGAUGAGGCGUUGCAAGGCCUAGACGACCCCCCUGAAUGGAAGUUGAAAGAGGAACUGGCCAAAGACCCGAUUUUAUCUCGUGUGCAGGAAGUUGAACUAUCCCAGGCACUCUGCACCGCACUCCAGGUGGGUGUCGUGAGUGUCCUCGCGGAGUGGGGCAUAAAGUUCCACUCGGUUGUUGGCCAUUCCAGUGGUGAGAUGGCCGCUGCUUACGCCGCUGGUGCUAUUACCCUCCAAUCUGCUAUAAUCCUUGCAUAUUAUCGCGGAAAGCUGGCAAAAACGCUGGAAGGUCUGGGAACCAUGGCAUCAGUUGGUUUGAGCCGGCCAGAGGUAGCGCCUUUCCUGGUUGACCAUGUCAUGGUGGCCUGUGAAAACAGCCCUCAAAACGUGACCAUUUCAGGAGACAGCGCCCAGAUUGACCAAGUUUUGGCACAUAUCAAGUCUUCUAAUCCAGAGACUUUUUGUAGGAAAAUGGCUGUCAGAGUACCUUACCAUUCAGAGUUUAUGGGCCGCGUGGCUCAGGCUUACCAGGACGCCGUCGCUCGACAUAUAGAACAUAAAACGUCCAUGCUGCCCAUGUUUUCUAGCGUCACUGGCGAAACCAUAACCAAGCCUGGCCAAUUAGAUGCGACCUAUUGGCGGCGAAAUCUAGAGUCCCCGGUGCUCUUCUCCGGGGCUGUCCAGAACCUGAUCCAGAAAACAGGGCACCGGCAGAUAUUGAUCGAGAUAGGUCCUCAUUCGGUCCUUUCAGCCCCUAUCCGACAAAUAGUCCAGAGUGUGACCACAACAAAACACCCCCCUGUAUAUAUCCCCACACUGGUGCGAAAUGACGAUGAUGCCCGGUCCCUCUUGCUCUCAACAGCAGGUCAUUUAGUGACGAUGGGACUUUCAGUUGACCUAUCUGCGAUUAUUGGCCCCGGAAGAACAUUGACAAACCUUCCACGAUAUCCGUGGCAACAUGACACCCGCUACCUGAAGGAAGGCCGACCGUGGCAGGAUUGGAGACUUCGGCCACACCGACAUCAUGAGCUGCUAGGAUCAAGAACUGGAGAAUCGACAGCCCUGGAACCGGCUUGGAGAAACAUGCUUCAUCUAGACAACGUUCCGUGGCUGUCAGAACAUGUUCUACAGGGCCAGGUGACCUUUCCUGGAGCAGGAUAUAUCGCCAUGGCUGGAGAAGGGAUUCACCAAUUACAUCCGGAUAUAAUGGGAUAUUCCCUGCGAAACGUCCACUUUAAAGCCCCGUUACUCCUGAGUUAUGAUGCGAUUGAAGUCAUCACAAGAUUCAAUUCUAUCGAGCUGGCGGAUGGGGUCAGUUCGGAUUGGUACGGCUUUAGCAUCGCGGCUUAUGAUGGGGGCUCCUGGAACAUACAUUGCCAGGGCCAGAUAACACCAGACCAUCCAGAGCCCCUUCAUUGCAAAGUCACCUGCCCCUUCCCUCGGCCUGUCGAGUCCAAGAGGUGGUAUCAAGCCCUUCAUCGACGGGGUCUGGAGUACGGACCUCGUUUCCAAGGACUGCAAGAUAUCACAGCUAGCCCGACCGGUAGAAUCGCUCUAGGGACGGUAACCGACCCCCUUGAGCUCCAUGAAAGCCGAUACGCAAUCCAUCCCUGCGCUAUCGACCAGUGUCUGCAACUGAUGGGGGUCGCGGCAUCGUCAGGGAUUCCCAACAGGCUUCAGAUGAUGUAUAUACCGGCCAUGAUUGAACGGCUUUAUAUCGCCAAGGGGGCCCCGAAGAUGACGGUGGAAGUGGAGACUUGGGAGGGAUUGCGCCAAGGCCAAUGCGGCAAUGGCAUCGGCAUGGUAGAUAGUCGGGUGGUCUUUUCCAUGCAGAGUGGUCUCCUGUAUGCUCUGGACUCCCCAGCAGCGAACGGUGCGCCAUGUCUGGCCUCGCGUAUGGACUGGAAGCCAGACAUCGACGUGCUCCCUUCCACGGGCUUGUUACCUGAACCCCAUCCCAACCCUGAUUACGAAGACACUCUUAAGUGUGGAGGCUUCCUGUGCCUAAUGUGCAUCGUCGUUACGGCAGAGCGUAUUCGUCAUGUUCAGUCGGAGCAACCGCACCUGAUGAAAUGGAAGGAGUGGAUCCUUACCCAGGCGGCCUUGAUCACGGCUGGAAAGCAUCCAAGCUUUGUCUACUUGGCAAAUUGGGUCGAGAGGGUUACCUCGGAGGCUCCUCACAUUCGCCGAUUGAAAGACGAAUUAGGCACAUGCGAGAAGAAGACCACGGACAGCCAGGAAGUAUUAUAUCCUGCGUUGCCGCUGUGGGCACAGAUGCACCCAAACGAAAUGACCGAAUUCGUGGAAAAGGCGCUGAAAGAUCCAUUAGCUACGUUUGGCGGUCACGUCUUCCCUUGCAUGCUGCUAAUUUUCUCCCACUGUGUGGAGUUCAUGACCGGGGAGCAGUCGGCUUUGGAAUACCUGAUGGAGGACAAUAGUUGGAAGACACUCUACGAAUCACCGGCGGCGGAGACGGACUGGAGCCACUUUCUCAGCCUGCUUUGCCAUUCGAAUCCUGCCCUCCGUAUUUUGGAAAUUGGUGCUGGCUCCGGCUCCGCGACAAAGAGAGCCCUGCCGCACCUGAAAUCCCAUACUGGAGUGCGCAUGUACUCGCGCUAUAUGUUUACUGACAUUUCGUCCGGCUUUUUGGAAAAGGCUCGGGAAAUGUUUGACCAGGAGCACAUGGAAUACAGCACGUUGGAUAUCACUCGUGAUCCGGUAGAACAGGGCUUCGAGCCUCACAGUUUCGACCUGAUCAUCGCUUCGAAUGUUCUUCAUGCCACCCCAAGUCUGAAUACCACCUUGCAGCACGUCCAUACGCUCCUGAGUGCGAACGGCCGUUUAUUGCUCCAGGAGAUCUAUCCAGAUAUGCUGUAUACGGAUUAUAUCAUGGGUGUACUCCCCGGCUGGUGGUUAGGUGAGAGCGACCGACGAGCAGAGAAGCCUUACGUUUCGCCAGAAAGGUGGGACCAAGAACUGCGUGCCGCUGGGUUUACGGGGACCGAUACGACUGUGUAUGAUGUGCGCCCGCCAUGCCAGUCUUCCGCCACUAUGAUUUCAAGACCGGCCGUUGAACUAGUCCUGCCGGAGAAGGUCACCCUUGUGUCUCAUUGUCCCAACGAGAAGUGGGUAGCAGAUGUUGAGAGGGAGUUUCGAAGCAAAGGACAUACCGUCCAGAUCGCCAGGCUAGAUCAGGUACCGCAAGACGAACAAAACGGUGUCAUCAUUUUAGACGACGUGAAGGAUUCAUACUUCCGGGACAUUUCACACGAGGCAUACCUUAUUUUGCGACGGUUUCUGUGUGAGAGCAAAGAACGCCGGCUUUUAUGGGUCACGCAGGCAACGCAAUCUGUCUGUCAAGACCCUAGUGCAGGAAUGAUUCAUGGGCUUGCGCGAGCACUGAGACACGAGCUACAUCAAGAUAUCUCAGUCCUUGAAGUAGACUGUGUCGGCGCCGACUCAGCCAAGACCGUGUAUGAAGUCCACGCGAAGAUCCAGAAAGACAGAGAUACGCCUCAUCUAGAUAAUGAGUACGAAUUUGCAUUGAGUGGCGGUGUGGUACAUACCUGCCGGGCCCAUUGGAUGGCGCUACAAGCGCAGCGCCCCUCGGCGGUUUCACCAGAGACACCUCGAAAACUGAGAUUCUCACAGUUUGGACGUCUGGAUACGCUUCAGUGGAUACCAAAAGCUAUGAAGUCCGAGCUAGAUUGUGGACAAGUUGAGGUAGACAUCGCAUAUGUCGGUCUCAACUUCAGAGACUUAAUGGUAUCGAUGGGUCUAGUCGGCAACCCAGACGAACUUGGCAUCGAGGCCACAGGUGUCGUUCGUCGACUUGGCCCAGGUGUGACGGACUUCAACGUUGGCGAUAAUGUUUGCAUGAUAGGUUCUGGCUUAUUGGCCACUCGAACAGUAGUUCCAGCCCGGAACUGCGUCAAAUACUCUGAGCACAUCUCUAGCCAGGAUAUGGCAGCUAUGUGGUCAGUGUAUAUAACUGCUAUCUAUGCACUGAUCCAUGUUGGUAAUGUGCGCCAGGGACAGUCUGUACUAGUCCACUCCGCGGCGGGAGGGGUUGGCCUGGCAUCCAUUCACAUCUGUCAAUUGCUCGGCGCUGAGGUUUAUGCCACGGUGGGGAGUGAGGAAAAGGCACGUCAUCUGGUGGACAAUAUCGGUGUUCCUCGAGACAGGAUAUUCUGCUCGAGAGACGAGUCCUUCCUGCCAAGUAUUAUGAAGGUGACCAACGGCCGAGGCGUAGACGUUGUCUUAAACUCGCUUGCCGGAAAACUUCUACAUGCUUCAUGGGAAUGCGUUGCGCCUUAUGGAAAGAUGAUUGAACUUGGGAAACGCGAUUUUCUGACUCAUGGCGUGCUCAGCAUGAGUCCCUUCCUUGCUAACCGCACCUUCAUCGGGGUGGACCUGUUCCAAAUCUCCCAAGACAACUCAGAAUUGCACGAUAGCAUCAAAGCAACACUAUUCCAGUAUUUUAAGGAAGACAAGAUCCGACCAAUUCGUCCUGUAAAAGUGUUCGAGGCUGGCGAGGCAGAAAAUGCCUUUCGACAUAUGCAGGCUGGGACCCACAUGGGGAAGAUUGUCAUCCAGAUGCCAACGGAAAACAACUCCCUCCCGUGUCAGACGUUCCCAGAUGCACUAGAAUUUCCUAACGAUGCUUCUUAUCUGCUCGUUGGAGGUAUGGGUGGGAUUGGGCGCUCUGUCUCAACAUGGAUGGUCGAGAACGGCGCACGUGAGCUUGUCUAUCUAUCCCGAUCUGCCGGUGAAUCCGACAGUGAUCAGGCGUUUAUUCGCGAGCUCGAAGCCCAGGAUUGUAAAGUUAUUUGUGUGAAGGGCACGGUCACCGACAUGGCAGACAUAAGGCGUGCUCUCACCCAAUGCACCAAGCGACUCGCCGGCGUUCUGCAAAUGGCUUUAACUCUGAAGGACGGCGCUUUUGAACAGAUGACGUACGAGGAAUGGAUGGCAACCCUGGCGCCAAAGGUCAAUGGUACAUGGAACCUCCAUCACGCCGUGGAAGGAAUAAUCCUCGACUUCUUCGUCAUGUUUGGCUCGGCGGUGGGAACUGUAGGAUCACUCACCCAAGCAAACUACGCGGCCGCCACGAGUUUCCUUGACGCAUUUGUGCAAUAUCGUCGGCAGCAUGGGCUACCCGCCUCGAUUCUGAACCUUGGUGCGGUCGAAGAUAUUGGACUCCUCAGCCAACAUCAAGGAUAUCUCCAGAAUGCCCAGACAUCAUGCAUCCCACUUCUCUGCGAGAAAGAUGUACUGGAAGGGCUAUCCGUGGCUAUCCAAGACUCCCCUAGUGGCUCGGAAAGUGGCAAUCUAGUCGUUGGCCUAGGAUAUACGAAACCCAUGUCCGAGACCUCCGUGCUGCCCAUGUGGGGGCAGGAUGUCCGAUUCUCCCUGUUCAGCAACCUUCAAUCGACCGUAGCUGUGCAAGCGCAGGCCGGAGAUGAUGAGCUGAAAUCGCUUCUAGCCGAGAUUGAGCAGUGUCCUUCUCUAUUGGGGAAGGCAGAGACCAUCGUCCAGUUCCGGCGUACGAUGGGCAAAACAUGCGCAGAGAACAUGAUGCCAGGCAGAGAGCUCAACGAGGAGCAGGCGGCAAACCUGGUGAUCGACUCCCUUAUGGCAAUUCAGAUGAAAAAUUGGGCUCGACGAGUUACGAAGGUCGAGCUCAGUCUCCCGGCCAUUAGCAAGGCCAAUACGGUAGGCGGAUUUUCUACAUUGAUUGUGGAUCACCUCAGGGCCAGGCACCAACAAGACGAGAUGAUAACCGAGUAGCUCAACGGUCAGCAAACUAGGGUAAAACCCGAAUUCUCUUGUUGAGAUACAAUAGAUAGCUGCGGAAUAAGCGAUGAAAACAGUAAACAGGAUGGUAAAAUUGAUGAUGUUGAAACUUAAAGAGAUUGCAAAAGGUUGCAAGUUGCAGGAAAUGUUCAAGAUACAAAUGGGAUGGGAAAAGGGCUGCAGAUCAGCUGACCGAUUG